AUGGACAAUAAGCCAGAGAUGAAAAGGAUAGAGGAUGUAACAAGAUGUCAAGUGACAUUCUCUAAACGUAGGAGCAGCCUGCUUAGAAAAGCUAACGAAAUCUCUGUUUUCUGCGACGUUGAUGUUGCACUCGUUGCCUUUUCCCCCUCAGGCCGCGUUAGCAAAUUUUGCAGCCGGGAAAGGAUUGAAGAUGUGCUUGAACGCUAUGUCAAGCUAGCACCAGAUAAGAGAUAUCAGGAGUAUGAGCUGGAGAAUGAAGAGGGUGCUUCACUUGCUCAAAUCUUGUGGUGUGAGAAAAACCUGAAAGCUACACUACAAGGAAUCACGGAUAGGAAAAGACGAGGACAAGCACCAUCAGACAACUUUCCUGGGAAUCCAGUGCUCAACAGAGCAAGGCAAAACCUGAAUUCCAGGAGUCGAUUUCUAAUGCAACAUAAUCCUAGGACUUGGCCGUACAGCCCCAGGGUUCAUAAUAGUCUACUAGACCAGCGAUAUCAACCUAAAGGGAUAUCAGGUGGUGUACCUGGUGCAUCCUGCAGCUUUGCAUUCAACCCUUUGGCUGCUAGUUUCCCUGCCAUUUACCAACAUCCUUCUUACACUCAGCGAACUGAAAUCCCACCAACUUACCAUCAAAUCCAGCAUCAACCCUUUUUAUGGGAUCCGACUGCUGCUAGUAUUCAAAAUUUGCAGCUAGGUGUGUAUGGAAACUCAUCCAUGCAUCAAGCAAUUAUAGGGAAUCCUGCUUUGCAUUGUGUUCCUUAUCAGCCACUGGGAACAUUAGGAACCUCAAAUCUGUACCAACCAAUGAUGCCUGGUAUUCUGGAUCAGCAGCUGGGAGUGUUGGGAAGCUCAUCUGUGCAGCAACUGAUGAGAGAGGAUCAGAUAACACCUGUUAUUCCUAAUCAGCAACUAGGAGCUUUAGGUGAUUCAUUUCUGGAUAAAUCUUUGAUGGGAGUCGGCACGACACCUUAUGCUCAAUUCCAGCAGGCAGGAGUUUUAGGCAGCCCAUCCGUGGGAAGGCUUGCAAAUGUUGAACCUUUAGGACCUCAAGAGAAUCCAACACCAACUUCUUACCAUAAUUACAACAAUUCCAACACACAGAAGGAUGUGUCGUCACUGCCAUCCAUGUUUCAGCUUCAAGUCGAUCCUAAUGAAAUGAACUUGCACUUUCUAGGCAGCCCUAGUUACAAUACUACUCAGAAUUUGGUUGCUACUCCGCUUUUGAACUCUGAGAAGGUUUCCUCUGAACCUGUCUUCACCAAUAAUAUUGGAUCCAUCACCACCCCCACCCACGGAGAUGGUGACAAUGCAAACAACGGCAGCAGUGGUGGUAAUAGCAACAGCAAUAAUGGUAACAACGGCAUUGACAACUGUGACACAAAUGAGAAACAUCCGGCAUGCCUUACUCAAGAGAAUCCACCUCCAGAAUCACCAACUGACUCGAUGUUUCUUAAUAGCCUUUUAAAUGAGGAAGCAAUUGAAAAUGACACAUCUCAACCCGCAGGAAACCAGGAGGACAGCUUCAUAGAUUGGGAUGGCUUUGCAUUGGCAGAAAACCUGAACUUGGAAGACUUUGAAAUUUUAUUUUGA